AUGCUGCCUCCCCCUCGACCCCCCGACCCCAACAGAUCCGCCUACGCGUCAAUCAUGGACGAUUCGGCGAUGAUUGAGGAUACUGAAAAUCCCUCCCCCCAGAGGCCAACCACCGACCCCCCUUCCUCUGGCUUGCACAUCCUCCUCCGUAAGCUUUUGGGUGAGGACGCCCGACGCGACGCGUCCGGAGCCGUUUCCUUGGAUGCCCAGUUUGUUCAGAUGAUCCUGGAGCUCUCAGCCACCAACGAACGAAUGAUCCUCCGAUUGGAAAACACGAUCGAUCAGUUGAACGCGAAACUUGACCCGUUGAUCGUCCAGAUGGCCGAAUUCCAGAAGUUCAUGCAAUCCGGAAAGCCCACUGCCCCUCAAGCAAAGAAAUCCUUUGCGUCGGUCGCGUCUAUCAAUCACCCAACUGUCGUGAACGCCCCAACCACGCGUCCCCCCCCUGCUCAGGCCCUUGCCUCCUUGAAGCCAAAGAGGGUAAUCAUCCACUCGAACCCGGCCAAUACCACCCUCAAAGAUGUCCCUCGUUGCGCUCUCGUCCAAAAGGCCAACGAUGCCCUCCUCAAGCUUGAGGCCAGGGUCGAUGGCGAGAAUGUUGCCGUACGCGGAGUGAGCAUGCUCCCCUCUGGGGAUGUCUCCUUCUACACCAAGAACCGAUUCCACCAAAAAUGGCUCAUGGAGAACAAGCACCUCUGGUCGAAGGAGGUUCACAUUGACCUGGAAUCCACCCCCAGCACCUUCUCAGUCAUGGCUCACGGGGUGCCUAAAACCUUUGAUAUUGGUAAAGCAGCAAACAUCUCCCAACUCGCCUCCGAGAACAACUUCCAAGCAACGGAUCUAGCUCGAGUACGCUGGAUGGGUUCCAACGAGCCCUCCGCCAAGAAGGCAGGUUCGAUUAUCCUCUCAUUCACAAACAAGGAUCUGGCGUUCCGGGUGGAAAAGUCAGGUUUGUUCCUGAAUUAUGAUUAUCACCGCACUGAACGCUUCAAACCUCGUCCACCCCAAUGCUUCAAGUGCCUACGUAUGGGACACUUUGGCAAAUGGUGCCGGGAGAAGGCCAAAUGUGCCAAGUGUGCCAGCAAUCAUACCACCAACGAAUGCCCAGAGGGCCUUGGGAACGUAAAGUCCUGUGUCUUGUGCAAAGACGGCCUCAAGAACAAAAUAGAUGGUGUCAGUGACAUCAAUCACACUCCGUUUGACAAGCUUUGCCCUUUCAAGAAGGCUUGGUUUGAGAAGCGCCGAAUGACACCCCUAUGAUAUAUAGGCCCAUCGCAACCCCCGAUCACAUUCCAUCUCCACAACCCACAGAUUCAAAUACUAAUCUAUCUCCCUUGUAUCAGGACAUUAUUGCCACCUCUUCAUUUCAACCUAUAAAUACUAACAAUCUUUCUAUUUUCCAGCUUAAUUGUCAUGUU